GGAGAAUUAAGAAAAUUUAAAUAAUCAUUUUUGAAUAAUUAGUUAAACAUAAUAGAGCACCCAAUGGAAUCUUUGCGCUCUCCUAACGCCACUAAACUAAAGAUUGGCCUGCCCCAUCCAAUCACAAAAUCUGAUAAAAAUGACUUUACAGAGGAUGAGAAGAAAAUUAUAGGGGAGCUGAAGCAACUUUAUUUAGAGACCAUUAAUUUGGAUGUAAAAAUGCAGCGCGAAAUUUACAAUAUGGAAAAGAUAUACGAACAAAAGCACAAUGAGAUUUUUGAGAAACGCAAGAAGAUUCUCGAUGAUUUCAAGAAACAAAAUCAUGGUGACUCCACGCACAAUGAGAAUGUGUCCACCUUUUGGCUGAAGGUCCUUAAAGCCUCCUAUACUGAAUUCAUUGGCAAAGAGGAUGAGAGAAUACUGUCGCACCUUUGUGAUAUACGCACCAAGCAUUACAAUGAUGACAUUGUCAAGUUUGUGAUCGAGUUUACAUUUGAUAAGAAUGAUUAUUUCAAGAAUCGCGUUCUAACCAAGACCUACAUAUUGAACUGUGUCCCUGAUGUUGAUGAUCCGUUGGCCUACGAUGGCGCCGAGAUAGUCAAAUGUGAGGGUUGUCACAUUGAUUGGAAGCAGUCAUUGAAUCGCGAUAAGAAGGAUCAACCAUCAUUUUUUGAUUUCUUUUCGCCUCCCGCUCUACCUGACGAUCCGGAGGAUCCCAACUUUAGUGAUAUUAAUGCUAUACUACAGAAUGACUUUGAGCUGGGCUUUUAUCUAAAAGAACGCGUUAUUCCAAAGGCCGUCAUCUUCUUUACUGGAGAAAUAGCAGAUUGCCAGAGCACAGAUGGUUCAGAUACAGAGUCCGAAAGCGAUGACGAAUCGGAUGUAGAGGGGGGCGAGGAGGAGUCCUCGACCAAUGAAAACGACAAGUAACCCAAAAUACACAUAGCAUAUGAGAAAUAAUACAAGUCAUCUGAGUUUUCGACACAUUUUCAAGUUCUAAUUGCAUUUAAGUGGAAAACGAAAUUGAACAAUUGUUUAUUCAACUCACACAACGGCUACCAAAUAAACAUUUCAUCCAA